AUGUCCGACACCCCCAUCCCCAUCACCACGCAGCAAGCCCAGUCGGGCAUCUCGCGCGACCUGCGCAACAACAUCUACUCGGCCCUGCUCGCCGGGCCCGGCAUUCGCAACAUCGAGGCCACGCUUGACGAGUCGCUGCGCUCAUCGGGCUUCAAGGACGCUCUCCGAGCUUACAUCACCGAGCUCUUCCGCUCGGGCCAGGCCACCACGUGCGAGGAGGCCAGGAACCUCGCUAUGCAGCGUAUCCGCGAGCAGACGCGUCAGUUGGAUGGCAGCAACAGCAACAGCAAGCAACAAUCCGCCACAAACGGUCUCACCGAUGACCAGCUCAACGGCGCUGACGGCGCCACAGACGACGCCUUGGAGUUCGAUCUCAAAAUCCCCAAAUCAGCCAUUGACACCGGGGCCAAGACGGUCAUGAAAGAGCUGGAAAAGGUGUGUGAGAUUACAUAUGAGGAUGAUAAGUGA